AUGAAUUCUCGUCCUUGUGGUUUUGGAUAUGACUAUGACUACCUUGUAGGCGAUGAAAACUUGAAUGAUGGCUCACAUUGUGGGAUAGACGAAUUCUCAGGAAGGGAGCCAUAUUCAUAUGAGCAAUCACCAUGGCAACCUUCCCCUUCAAGUUACUAUGAUGGUAAUCCUUCCUAUAAUGCAUAUCAUUCCUAUGAACAUGAUGAUUCUUAUCAUGGUUAUACCUCUCAACCACCACCAUUCUAUGUACCUUAUUCUCAACCCACAUCUUAUUUUCACCAAUUGCCUACAUAUGAUCCAAAUCUAUAUUCUCCCUACGCAUACCCUUGUGAUGAUUAUGAACAAGCAACCCUUGAAUCACCUCCACUCCAACAUCUUUACCUUCCAACUCAAAUCCCCAUGAAUGAUACACUUGAUAUCAUUCUUCAAGAGCAAGAAGAACUCCAAACCGCCUUCACUAGUUUCACCUCUACCCUCCAAGAAUUUACGUCCCGUAUAAUUCCACCCUCUACCAAUAACCAAAACAACUUCCCACCUCAAAGCUUUGAGUGCAAGGAAAUGGAGCGUGUGUUGCAACAAGCGGAGGAAAUGAAGAUUGUUGGAAAUAAAGAAGUGGAAGAAGACCUAAAGGAGGUUGAACAAGAAGGAACCCAAGAGCAAUAUGAUCCUACUUAUGUUAGUAAAGCGGAACAAGAAUUAAGGGAUCGUUUCAAGGAAGAAAUGGAUCGACUUCAAGCAACCAUCCGUCAAAAGAUAGAUUCUUGGGAUUCAUAUCACAACCAAAAUGAGUUCACGGAUGAUUGUGAGAAAGCAACCAAAGAAGGAGGUAUGAGGGAGACUUUAGAAUCUCAAGUUGAGUGCAAGGAAUUGGAGUAUGUGUUGCAACAAGCGGAGGAAAUGAAGAUUGUUGAAAAUAAAGAAGUGGAAGAAAACCUAGAGGAGGUUGAACAAGAAGGAAGUUCCAUCAACGAAAAUAACUCUACAUCAAGUGACAAUGAGAUGUCUUCUCAGGCUGAUUCCAUGAACUCCCGACUUGAGAAGGCUCAGUCUGAGUUCGAGAGGAUUAGUGAACUGAAGGCUACUAGGAUUGCUGAGCUGGAGGCAUCUUUGGAGAAAGAGAAAGCUAAGGCUACCGCAGCUGUGGCGGCAGCGAAUGCAUCUGAGGAGAUGGCGAAGGCGGCGAGGGAGAGUUAUACUCGGACAUAUGCUGAGCUUGUGGAGACAAAGGAGAGAUUGCAAUCCGCUCAGGAUGAUUUUUACGAGCUAGAAGGUCAUCCUUCUGCCGAUGUGGAGUCUGGAAAGGAUCUUGAUUCUCUGUAA